UUUGUGCAACUUGGAAUCCAUGGAACGCAUUUGGAUGCACACCCCAUAUAACAACGCUGAAGUGAUGAUGCUUCCCAUCCAGGGACUGUAUGAAUAUGGUAUAUUUAGCACAUUUCUUCCUACAAAGGGAAACGACGUUCCAGGGCAGUUCAGCCAUACAAGUAAAGGGUCAUCACGUUCAAUGUCCUUUACUGUGCCUGCACCUUUACUUCCUAAUCAAAGGAUCCGAGGCUUGAACAUCUUCUGUGUAUAUGCAAACUACGAUGUUGAUGUCAGGUGCAUUGAUCCAAUAAUAAUUAGAGUCAAUAAUAAGAGCAAAGGUCUGAAGUGGAUCUAUGGACCAACAUGUUACGGCAUUCCAAGCAGCAAAGAUGUGGUAUGGUUAAGCCAUUGGAAGUUGGGAAAUCGAUUGGAAGCUGGCGAUGAAGUUACUGUUACAGUAUUUCCAUUUGAACCAUUCCAGAUUAAAGAGUGGGGCUUCCAGGUUGUGCAUGAGCAAGAAGGCAAAAUAAGUAACCAACACAACACCACAUAUCCAGAUGAUAAUGACGUUAUUGGUAAAUAUUGUACAGAUUUUUCCGAAUUAUACCAGGUGAUGCCGGGAACAUACUUCCUCUGCGGUGGACCUAUGAUAUAUGAUAGACAGUCACAUGUAUUACAAAAAGGGUCAGUUUUGUUCAAUCACAUUAUUGGAGAUUCUGAUGAAAGUGCAGCAACAAAAGAAGCAAUGAGAGACCGAAAAAAUUUCUGCAGUCGGAGUGGGCUUGUUACCAUUACUGGUGCUGUGUCUUUGAUUUGCAGUCCAGGCCGCAUUUCAAAAGAAGGAAGGAAAUCCCAGCCAAAAAUUAAAUACACUAGUUUAACCCAGCCAAAAGCUCCACCUUUACUAGUUCGCACUCUCUUUUGCCUUUUCCUUCGUUUGGUUCAACAUAUUGCAGUUUAUUUUUUGAUAAAGAAGUUUUUUUUCUCCUAUCAAGAUCAUUUAUCUGAGCAACUGGGUUUCACAGAAAUAGCAGAUGAUAGCUGCGUUGUUCUACCUUCAUCAAACCGCACAGGAACAACUUGAGAUUGUAAAUGGGCACCAUGAACUUCAAUCCUGAAAGGAAUCUGUAUCAUUAGGCCGUGACAUUUAUCUUUGCUUAAUAGUUGUAUGUAUUAAACCCUUUUACAACUGUAAUCAGUGUUCCUCGUAGCAUCUUUCCUAAAUUUGUGAUAUUGAUGUUUAAAAGUUCAUAGGAAAAUUUCCUUUGUUCCUUUGACAGUACUUUUGCACGCUUGCCAGGCACAAGUUGGAUCUGCGGGCUGUAAAAUGACAAUUUUGCCAU